UUUACUUUGCUCUGGUGCUGGAGCUGGAAGCUCAGUGACUCUUCGACAGGAUAAAGACACACAGCAGUUGUUUUUCUCUCAGAGAUCAAGAUCUUCUCGGUCACAAUGAAUUCUCUGAUUUUCCUGCUUCUUGUGGGAAUAAACGGCGCCACAGCAGCGACUCACUCUCUGAAGUAUUUCUUCACUGCUUCCUCUCAAGUCCCAAACUUCCCAGAGUUUGUGGUUGUUGGGUUGGUUGAUGAUGUUGAGAUGUUUCACUAUGACAGCAACACCAGGAGAGCAGAGCCGAAACAGGACUGGAUGAACAAAGUGACACAAGAUGAUCCUCAGUACUGGGAGAAGAACACUGGGUCUGCUUUGGGUACCCAGCAGAGCUUCAAAGCCAACAUUGACAUUGCAAAGCAGCGCUUCAACCAAACUGGAGGAGUCCACGUUUACCAGCAGAUGUACGGCUGUGAGUGGGACGAUGACGCUAAAGAGGUUAAAGGAUUUAUGCAGUUCGGUUAUGAUGGAGAAGAUUUUGUAGCAUUUGACCUAAAGACACAGACAUGGAUCGCUCCAACACCACAGGCUGUCAUCACCAAACACAAGUGGGACAAAGACAACGCUUAUUGUGCACAGGCAGAGCAGUACCUGAACCAGAUCUGUCCUGAGUGGCUGAAGAAGUAUGUGAACUAUGGGAGGAGCUCUCUGCUGAGAACAGAGCUUCCCUCAGUGUCUCUCCUCCAGAAGACUCCCUCCUCUCCAGUCAGCUGCCACGCUACAGGUUUCUACCCUCACAGAGCUGUGAUGUUCUGGAGGAAAGAUGGAGAGGAUCUUCAUGAGGGCGUGGAAAAAGGAGAGAUCCUCCCCAACCAUGAUGAAACCUUCCAGAUGAGUGUUGACCUUUCAUCAGUCAAACCUGAAGACAGGGGGAAUUAUGAAUGUGUGUUUCAGCUCUCUGGAGUGAAGGAGGACAUCGUCAUCAAACUGGAGAAAUCAGUGAUCAAGACCAAUGAAGAGAAGUCCCCUCCCCUGAUCGCCAUCAUCAUCGCUGCAGUGGCGGUUCUCGCUCUCGUCAUCGCCGCCGUUGGAUUCUUCAUCUACAGAAAGAAGAGUGCCAAGCGUCCUCCAUCUCCUGUGAGCAACCCGGAGGUCAUGGAGCAACUGAAUCCAAGCGCCUGAGCAACAAACACUCCAGCCUGAACACAGUUCAUGGAGACAUUCAGCUCUGGAUCAAGGAGCCGUGUCCCCACAUGCUCCUCCAUGAACUGGGAAUUCACUGAUUAUUCAUCAAGCAAAACAUAAAUUCAUAGAGUCAGGGCUGGAAAUCUAUUGGUCGGAAUAAAGAGAACACAUAAAAAUGAAUUGACAAAUAUCAAAAAUAAAAGGUGAGAAUUUAGUUUAAAAUGAAAAAGUGGAAUUACCACUGAUAAAUAUUUGUUUAGACAUUGGUAAAUCAAAUGAUUAUUUUUUCUUUACUUGGGGAGAAAUUAAACAAUAACAUUCAAAUUAAUGAAAGCGUCACAGCUGUGUUCAAACACAGACAGUUCAUUUAGGAUUUAAGAUUUGUGUGUUCAUCUAAAACGAACCCACCAUAUUUACACUUUCAUAUUUCUGGUGUUGGGUUUUCUUGUAAAAUCAAUAUUGAUAAUACAAAUCUAAAUAUACAGAUAUAUAGACACACCCACACACACAUUGUACAUGCUUUCCCCUUGUCAUAUACAUACACCAGUGUCUGGCGAUAUGAUGAUGUCACCUGGAGAUAACUGGUUCCCUGUUGAAUAAAACCACAAUACUGAGAAUCAAUCAGCAACAUCCAAAAACAUGCAACAUGAAAUGGAGAUUAAGCAUGUGAUUGGCUUCCUGCCUGGGACUGACUCCAGGCCCCUCAGACUCAGCAGGAUAGAAAAUGGAUGGAUGCAGUUUUGCGUCACUGUGGUGAAUUAACUCUUUAACUGACACAUAUUUCCAUCUGGUCACUGCUGCAUCUCUAAACAGUCACUCAUUUAGUUUCCAGGAAAUAUACUACUUCAUAACUACACAUGAAGUAACAUCAAAUUACAUAUACAAUGAUAGGUGGUAUCAACGUCGCCCACUCCCAGACACACACACACACACAUACACACAUAUACACACACACACACACACACACACCCAGACACACACACACAAACACACAUAUACACACACACACACACACACACACACACACAAGCAUCAGUAGAACAUUUAUUUCCAUUUCCAUGUGUAAAUAUAUUCUGCUUGUAUAUUUUCUUUGAAACUGAUAAAAGUUCAAAUAUUGUUUCAUUUAGAUUCUAAUCAGGCCGAAGUGAAAAAUAAUUUAUGUCUAAGUUUUCCUUAAUGAAUGAAGAGUAUAUUGGUUUUUGUUCCAUAUUAUCCAUAAUUAGAUGUGUUUUAAACAUUAUGUUUUGAUUUUAUUGUUGAUUGUUAAAGGGCUGUGGGAUGUUUUAAGAUUCUCAGCACUGAUAGAAAACAUUUCCUGUUGGUGUUCAGGGACGAGGGACUGUUUCUCUCUCAGCUUCGCAAACAAAAUGACUUCCUGUGUCGGGUUAUACACAUGAAUGUUAAUGAACUUGCUGUUUCAUUCCCUUUGUACUUUUGUUUUGCUCCUUUAAUAAAGUCCCCAAAAUUCCA